AGGUGGGGAAGAGGGCGAGAGCAACAAUCCUCUUUCUCUCUCCCCCGCCCCUGCCAUCCUGACUCCCUAAGGUUUUCUAUAGCACUAUGCUCUCACUCGCAACUCGCAACACCUCUUUAAGCUUUUCAUCCCUAGUUCUUAAUCGGGGUUCGGUUCCUCCACUCCUAUUUUCUUUCUCUUUAUCUCUUUUUCUUUUGCCUCCUCCCCCAGUUCUGUCUCCACUCCUAGGGUUCUACCAAUCACAUUCUUGCACUGUGAUUUAGGGGCAUAUCCUCUUUAGCUGAGAGGGGAGCCCUGUGCUCACUGCCAUAUGUUUAUUAGAUAUGAACUAAAUAAGGGAAGGCUUGACUUCCUGGGUCAUGGGAGUGAAGGAGUCUGGGUGACAGGAAGCAAGUGGCCUGUCAUGCUUAUCGCCUAGCUUCCAGAUUAACCUUGUCUUUAAAAAUAACGUGCUUGCCUAAUAGGCCUUUCAGUGUAAGACAAAAAUUCGUUGGGAACCUACGUAGUAGGUUUGCUUUACGGAUUUGGUAAACGGAAAAAAAGAAGGGGGAACAUGGGCAAAGGAAGAUUUGAUGAAAAAGAAAAUGUGUCCAACUGCAUCCAGUUGAAAACCUCAGUAAUUAAGGGUAUUAAGAACCAGUUGAUAGAUCAAUUUCCAGGUAUUGAACCAUGGCUUAAUCAAAUCAUGCCUAAGAAAGAUCCUGUCAAAAUAGUUCGAUGCCAUGAACAUAUAGAAAUCCUUACAGUAAAUGGAGAAUUACUAUUUUUUAGACAAAGAGAAGGGCCUUUUUAUCCAACCCUAAGGUUGCUUCACAAAUAUCCUUUUAUCCUGCCACACCAGCAAGUUGAUAAAGGAGCCAUCAAAUUUGUACUCAGUGGAGCAAAUAUCAUGUGUCCGGGCUUAACUUCUCCAGGAGCUAAGCUUUACCCUGCAGCAGUAGAUACCAUUGUUGCAAUUAUGGCUGAAGGGAAACAGCAUGCUCUGUGUGUUGGAGUCAUGAAGAUGUCUGCAGAAGACAUAGAAACACAGAGAGAGAGAAUGCUCCCAUCCUCUGGUUCACUCCCUAAUUGUCCACAACGGCCAGGGCUGGGCCAGGUCAAAGCCAGGAAGAGAAACUCAAUCCAGCGAGAAAGUCAACAAAGGAAUUGGCAUUGAAAAUAUCCAUUAUUUAAAUGAUGGGCUGUGGCAUAUGAAGACAUAUAAAUAAGCCUCAGAAGGAAUGCAUUGGGAUAAAUAUGGAUAUUGUGCUGUAUCUGUGCUUGUAUGUGUGUGUGACAGCAUGAAGAUAAUGCCUCUGUGGUUAUGUUGAAUAAAUUCUACAGAUGCUAAAA